AUGACAGGUAAAAAACGUGAAACAAAGGAAGAUCGCGAGAAAAAGGAACGAGAAGCGAAGAAGCAACAGGAAUUAGAUGAUAAAUACAAGAAAUGGAACAAAGGCCUACGACAGAUUGAAAGGCGAGUUGAAGAACUGAACGAAAUGGCGCGAGUUGCGCAAGAAGAUUUCGCACGUCAUGUGGACGAUGAAGCAAUGAAUGAGUAUAUGAAAAAGCAAUUGCUUGAGAAAGAUCCGAUGCUCAUAUAUAUGAAGAAGAAGAAGGAAAAGACAGAUUCGAAAAGUGGAGUCGUGUAUCCGAAGUAUACGAAAAGCUGGCCGCCAAAUCGUUUCAGCAUUGCACCUGGCUAUAGAUGGGAUGGUGUAAAUCGUUCCAAUGGUUUUGAGGAUAAAAUUGCCGAGGUCGCAAAUCGCAAAGCAGCACAAAACGCUGAAUAUUAUAAAGAUAUUGCAAAAUACGAAGUUUAG